CUGCCCAAACCACCUCUUUGGCCGCAUUGCGCAAGGCUCACACCCACACUGUCUAUCUGAUAUCUCCUCUACUGCCGCUCCUGCUUCAUCAGCAGCAGUGGUAGCAAGCGGCGCGUGGUACAGAGCACCGAACAAUCGACCACAUGGCUCAGAUGAUCUCCGCCAUGGCCAUGGUGGACGCCGCUCCGGCCGCGUCCGCCAUUGUGACGAAAUUGCAGGCCGCCUGCCUGGAGGCGCCAGCCUCGGGCAUAACCGUCGUGUCGAGUCAGCACGUGCGUCCCGACGGCGCGUCGGCGAUAGGCGACCUCACGCUGUCCGUCUCCGACCUGCCCAUGCUGUCGUGCCACUACAUCCAGAAGGGCAUCUUCUUCCCUGCCCCCGACUUGCCCAUGUCCUCGCUCGUCUCGCUGCUGGUGUCGUCGCUGUCUCGGGCGCUCACCGUCGUCCCGGCCCUCGCCGGCCGCCUCGUCACACUACCUGACGAUCGCAUCGUCAUCCGUUGCAACGACGCGGGCGUCGAGUUCUACCACGCCGUGGCACCCAGCCUGUCGCUUGACGACUUCCUCGUGCCUGACGCCGACGUGCCGACCAAGCUGACAGAGGACUUGUUCCCCAUGGACCGGACCGUAAGCUACGACGGACACCGUCGCCCGCUCACGUCGUUCCAGGUCACCGUGCUCGGAGACAGCGCCGUCUUCAUCGGCAUCGCCGCCAACCACGCCGUCGUGGACGGCACCUCCUUUUGGCACUUCUUCAACACCUGGGCCGCCAUCUGUCGUGGCGCGUCACCCAAGCUGCCAGACUUCCGCCGAAACUUCUUUGGAGAGUCCACCGCCGUCCUCCGCUUCCCCGGCGGCGUGGGCCCGACAGUGACCUUCGACGUGGACGCGCCUCUCCGUGAGCGCGUCUUUCACUUCAGCGCAGAUGCAAUCCGCGAGCUGAAAGCAAUAGCCAACCGUCGCCCGAGCGGUGGCCAAGACGCUGAGGUUUACGGCAAGAUGGCGCAUGACCCGAAGAAUCCCGAAGGGCGCAGCGAGAUAUCGUCGUUCCAGUCUCUGUGCGCGCAGAUAUGGCUCGCGGUGACGCGCGCGCGGAAACACCUGGCGCCCGACGCGACGACGACGUUCCGAAUGGCGGUGAACUGCCGGCACCGGCUUCGCCCGGCCAUCUCCCCGGUCUACUUCGGCAACGCCAUCCAGAGCGCGGCGACGACGGCGACGGUGUCCGAGCUGGCGCGCAACGACCUGCAGUGGGCGGCCGCCAAGCUGAACGCGAGCCUCGCGGCGUACGGCGACGGCGCGAUUCGCCGGACCGCGGAGGCGUGGCAGGCCGCGCCCCGGUGCUUCCCGCUGGGCAACCCCGACGGUGCGGUGAUCACGAUGGGGAGCUCGAACCGGUUCCCGAUGUACGAGGGCAACGACUUCGGGUGGGGCCGCCCCCUGGCGGUGCGGAGCGGCCGCGCCAACAAGUUCGACGGCAAGAUGUCGGCGUUUCCGGGGCGCCCCGGGAACGGCAGCGUGGACAUCGAGGUGUGCCUUCCCCCGGACACCAUGGCGGCGCUGCUCCGCGACGGCGACUUCAUGCAGUACGUGUCGUGCCCGUCGCAUCUAUUGUGAUGUGCCGGUGAGCGAGUGGGCCCACCGUGACAUGCCGUUGCGCCGCCGCUCGUUCGGCCGUUACUGCCUUUCUGGGACGAGCUAGUUGGUGCCAAGACACUGCAUCCGUCUAGAUGUUUUCGGCGUGCUCCGUGUUACUCUAAUUAUCAACUAGUACUGGGAUUGACAAGCUGUUAGACAGCAAGUGAUGAUGCUAGGGGAGUGUGGAAAUGAAAAACUGUAAAACAAGGAAUCAGAAAUAAGUUUCUGAAACUGUCAGAGUUCAAAUAUGAUUACUGGUGUGUGGAUUUCUAAUGGUUAGUUUGG